AGUUGGUAAACGGAGGCAGCACACGCCUCCGUUUUACAACGCGCGUCUUUUCAGUAAGUCGGAAGGCUUGUUAUUACCCAUGAAUGAAAGCCGCACUGCCAGCGUUUCAUAAAAAAAAUGUAUGGAGCAGACUGGAGGUCUGGAGCAAGCCACAUAUCUGAAAGCCUUGUUGAGUGGAAUGUUUGGCAAACAUCAUUAGCGAAAACACUUUGUUACCACCCGCAAAAAAGAACACUUCGUUACCAUUUUCAUUGUUUAUCAGUCAAAAUAGGCUGCUUGACCCUACUUGGACUUGUCCACUUAGACAGAUAACUGUCAUAAUCAACUAACAGGUGGCUCUCCUGUUUCUAAACAAAACCAAGUAUAUCUGCCCUUGUCCACUACUGGAGAACUGCAGGAACAACGAGUAUAGCAUGGAGAUGAGAGCAAUGUGAAGCUUCUUUGCUUGAGAUAGAUUGUGCUUAUAAGUGAAGAAAUGAACUGCAAGUUUUCUAUCUCUGUCCUAUUUGCUGCACUGAUCCCCUACAUGUUCCUAGUAUUUGAUGCAAGUCAAGCUGCAGUUCCAAUGGAUACCCUUCUUCCUGGCCAAUCUAUCACGGGCAGCGAAAUUUUGGUCUCCGAAAAUGGUGUUUUUGAGUUGGGGUUCUUCUCCCCAUCCCCAGGUGCCAUGAAGCACUACUUGGGCAUACAGUACAAGAACCUGAUUGGCAGCCACCGAGCUAUGUUCUGGCUGGGGAACAGAAUUCCUAUCACCAGCUUCCUGAACACAACCUUGUACCUUGCCGCGGGUGAAUUAUAUAUUGAGGAGCUUGAUUCUGUUCUCUGGACCUCGGGUUCCGCAACAAAUGAAUCAGCCAGUUCUGGGGCGGUUCUCCUUAACACUGGGAAUUUUGUUGUGAAAGAUCAGACCAACCAUUCUAAGGUCAUAUGGCAGAGCUUUGAUCAUCCAGCUGAUGCUUUGCUACCUGGAGCAUGGCUAGGAUCGGACAUGGCCACCGGAGCACACAUCUCGCUUACUUUAUCCAAGCCUCCUUACCAUUGUACCCUCGUGAUUGACCAAAGUAGGAAGAUGGGAUUUGUCAUGUCCAUUGACGGGCAUGAUCAUCAUUUUGGUACCUUUCCGGACUGGAUGGUAACAUAUGUAGAAGAAGGCAGUUUGGUCAGGCUAAAUUAUCCAGAGAACCCAAAUGAUCUCCAAUUCAUGAGACUGCAUAUGGGGCAAGUCAGUUUGCUUAGGUGGGUAAGUAAUGCCACGAUUACUGGUUGGCAACCUCUAUGGAGCUAUCCCUCCAGCUGCAAAAUCAGUGCUUUCUAUUGUGGCGCAUUCAGUACUUGCACAAGCGCAGGAACAUGCGCAUGCAUUGAUGGUUUCAGACCAAGUGAUCCAGAUGAAUGGAGGCUUGGGCAAUUUGUUAGUGGCUGCUCUAGAAUAAUACCCUCAGAUUGCGAAGAUGGGAUCUCCACCGACUCGUUUAUUUUGUUAGACAACCUGAAGGGCCUUCCUGACAACCCUCAAGAUACAAGCGAAGAAACUAGUGAAGACUGUGAAGCAACCUGUCUGAGCCAAUGCUAUUGUGUUGCAUAUUCCUAUGAUCACUCUGGAUGCAAGAUAUGGUAUAAUGUGUUACUUAAUUUUACUUCUGGAAAUAGCAUUCUUCACAGUAAGAUUUACAUGCGUAUAGGUUCUCAUGGUAAAAGGCGGCAAGGACACAUACAGCAUGUCAUGUUGGUUAUUGGUCCAAUAGUUGUUGGUCUUCUUAUCAUGCUGGUGUUUUUUUGGCUGUACAGCAUAUCUUCCAGACAGACUAAAGUGGAAGGUUUUCUUGCUGUUUACUCUUAUGCGCAGCUCAAGAGAGCUACAAGAAAUUUCUCCGACAAACUCGGGGAAGGAGGCUUUGGAAGUGUUUACAAGGGAACCAUUGCAGGGACAACUGAUGUGGGUGUGAAGAAGCUUAAAGGGUUCAUGCACAGAGAUAAGCAAUUCCGAGCAGAAGUACAGACUCUUGGGAUGAUUCAACACACAAAUCUUGUGCGCCUUUUCGGAUUCUGCAGUGAAGGGGACAGAAAGCUGCUGGUCUACGAGUAUAUGCCAAAUGGUUCUCUGGACUUUCAUCUCUUUUCGGAGGGAACAAGCGUAUUGAGUUGGAAUCUUCGCCGUUGCAUUGCCAUUGGUAUUGCUAAAGGUCUUUCCUAUCUGCACGAGGAAUGCAGGGAUUGCAUCAUACACUGUGACAUCAAGCCCGAGAACAUACUGCUGGAUGCUGAAUUCUGCCCCAAAAUCGCAGAUUUUGGCAUGGCCAAGCUUCUUGGACGGGACAUGAGCACGGCGCUGACCACUCUCCGUGGAACCAUCGGCUAUCUCGCACCGGAGUGGGUGUAUGGUCAGCCUAUUACUCACAAGGCAGAUGUCUACAGCUUUGGUGUUGUGCUCCUCGAAUUGAUCUGCGGGAGGAGGGCUACCGGGAAUGGAAAUCAUCGGUACUUCCCCCUUUAUGCUGCAGCUAAAGUGAACGAAGGAGAUGUCUUGUGCUUGCUCGAUGGUCGGCUACGAGGAGAAGGCAAUGCAAAGGAGCUGGAUGUUGCCUGUAGGGUUGCUUGCUGGUGCAUCCAGGAUGAUGAGAUCCACAGGCCAUCAAUGGGGCAAGUUGUACGCAUGCUGGAAGGUGCCAGUGACAUUGAAUUGCCUCCAAUUCCGACUUCAUUUCAGGACAUUAUGGACGGGGGCGACAGUGGUACAUAUUCUGCAGAAGUGUGAUCUGAGCUCUCCUCGUCGUAUGGGUAGAUGUCGCCGUAUAUACGACUACCCUGAGAAUUGAACUUGCAUUUGCAUCCGGCUAUAGUAUUUAUGAUCAGAAGCAUUACUUGUACUUGUCAUACAAUCGUGAUGUGGAUUUUUGUUGUAUUGUACUAUACCCAAUUUAUCGUUCUAGUUAUAAUCUGGACAAACAGUGUUACCAUAUUUUAUAAAUCGGAUAUAGAUUCAGUUUGAGAUA